CUAGUCGACUAUCAGAAUAAUCGUUUGUGGCAGCCCUACCCACAUGUGGUGGUUUUAUUCACGCUCUGAUAAAACGUGAACUUUAAAACGUUUCUUUUUAAAUGGAUGCUUGUAAACAUCCGUUCCUGUCCCGCAGGCGGCGGUCUGACCUUCAAACGCGGGAUUUUCGGGAACCUGGGGAAACAGGAGACGAUGAUGUCGGCGUGUUACGGUCGAUCCGAGGACCUCGUUUUCUCCGGAGCCACGAACGGAGACGUUUACAUCUGGAGAGACACGAUGCUUAUCAAGACCAUCAAAGCCCACGACGGCCCCGUGUUCGCCAUGUGCUCCCUGGACAAGGGUUUUGUGACGGGGGGGAAAGACGGCAUCGUGGAGCUUUGGGACGACAUGUUUGAGAGAUGUUUGAAAACGUACGCCAUCAAGCGGGCUGUCCUGUCUCCGUCCUCUAAAGGGCUGCUGCUGGAGGACAACCCGUCCAUCAGAGCCAUCACGCUGGGCCACGGUCACAUCCUGCUGGGAACCAAGAACGGAGAGAUCCUGGAGAUCGAUAAGAGCGGCCCCAUGACGCUGCUGGUGCAGGGUCACAUGGAGGGCGAGGUGUGGGGUUUGGCGGCACACCCUCUACUUCCUGUCUGUGCCACCGUCAGUGACGACAAAACUCUGAGGAUCUGGGAGCUGUCAGCCAAUCACCGCAUGGUGGCUGUCCGCAAGCUCAAGAAAGGUGGGCGGUGCUGUGCCUUCUCUCCGGACGGGAAAGCUCUGGCGGUCGGCCUAAAUGAUGGCAGCUUCCUGGUGGUGAACGCCGACACGCUGGAAGACAUGGUGACGUUUCACCAUCGCAGAGAGCUCAUCUCAGACAUCCGCUUCUCCCAAGAUGCGGGGAAGUACCUGGCUGUGGCCUCGCACGACUCUUUUGUGGACAUCUACAACGUCCUGACCAGCAAGAGAGUCGGCAUCUGCAAAGGAGCCAGAAGCUACGUCACUCACAUCGACUGGGACUCCAGAGGUAAGCUGCUGCAGGUGAACACCGGAGCCAAAGAGCAGCUAUUCUUUGAGGCGCCGCGAGGACGCAGACAGAACAUCAGCGUGGCCGAGUUCGAGAAGCUGGAAUGGGCGAGCUGGACGUCCGUUUUCGGUCCCACCUGUGAGGGGAUAUGGCCGACGCUCAGCUUUGUUAACGCCGCCUCGCUCACCAAAGACCGCAAACUGCUGGCCACCGGAGACGACUUCGGCUUCCUCAAACUCUUCAGCUUCCCGUCCAGGGGCCAGUUUGCCAAGUUUAAGAAGUAUGUGGGUCACAGCUCCAACGUGACCAAUGUCCGCUGGUCCAACGAUGACACCGUGUUGCUGACAGUGGGCGGGGCUGAUACAGCGCUGAUGAUCUGGACCAGAGAGCUGCCGGGUCACAAGGAGAGCAAAGCUGUGGACAGCGAGGAGUCUGACGACGACACAGAGGAGGACGGAGGGUACGACAGCGACGUGGCCCGGGAGAAGGUGGUGGACUACAUCACUAAGAUCUACUCGGCCAGCAUCAGGAACAUGUCAGGAACCAAACCUCACCUGCAGCACAAAGAGCUUCCCGUGGAGGAGAGGCCUCCGGUGAGCCGAGCUGCACCACUUCCCGACAAACUGCUGAAGAACAACGUGACGAAGAAGAAGAAGGUGGUGGAGGUGAGCGUGGGACCUCUGCUUACCGGGAGCAGCUGACGCAGCCCUCGACUCAUGUG